CCGCCCACCAGCCCCGGCUGUCCCCUUUUAUAGGCUGCAGACACCACCUCACCUACCGCCUUCGAACAGAUCGGCGCUCCGCAGCUUAAUCUCCGCUCUGUUUUCGCUACAUUUGGGCUCCGAAAGUCAUUCAAAAUGCCGAUGGUACUGGCCUACUGGGAUAUUCGCGGGCUUGCCCAGCCUGCCCGCCUCCUGCUGGAGUACACCGGCGAAGAGUAUGAGGACAAGCACUACACCUGUGGUGACGCUCCAAACUAUGACAAGACCUGCUGGACUUCAGUAAAAGACAAACUUGGCCUGGACUUUCCCAACCUACCCUACUUGCUGGAUGGAGACAGGAAGAUAACACAGAGCAAUGCUAUCAUGAGAUACAUUGCUCGUAAGCACAAUAUGUGCGGAGAGACUGAGGAUGAAAAAGUUCGAGUGGACAUCAUGGAGAACCAAUCAAUGGACUUCAGAAAUGGCUUUGUGAGGAUGUGCUACACUAACUUUGAUGAGAUGAAGCCUGAGUAUCUAAAGACGCUGCCAAGUACUCUGAAGCAGUUCUCAGAUUUCCUUGGAAAUAGGAAGUGGUUUGCUGGUGACAAGAUCACUUUUGUGGACUUCAUUAUGUACGAGCUGUUAGAUCAACACGUAGCCUUCGAGCCUAAAUGUCUGGAUAACUUCAAGAACCUCAAAGAGCUCUUAAACCGUUUUGAGGCUCUGGAGAGGAUUGCUGCAUACAUGAAGUCACCAAGAUUCAUGAAGACUCCUAUUAACAACAAAAUGGCCAAAUUUGGAAACAAGUAGUAAACAGCAGUUCCUUCAUGCCUUAGAAGAAUCAUGAAAAAUGUUGUUUAGUUCAGCUGCCAAAUUAACAUCAAAGUUGAGACUGGAAAAAAAUGAGUGUCAUUUGUUGGUUGAUAGAAUUUGUACUGAAACAUUUGUAAUGAAAGCACUGAUGGUUACAAUUAAAACCUUUUUUGACAGAUUAAAAA